UCCUUUCCUUGCAAGUCUUAAUUGCCGGCAUGAGCAUAAGGACCCUCCGACAAACACCCCUAUCCGACACCUACAUCUUUCAUGAGUUCUCGUAUCGUCAAUACGACAUCUGUGAAGCGUCUUCGGACGGUAUGCUACGAAAAGAAUUGGGUCAGCUCUCAAGGAGUAUUUCUUGGAAAAUCGCCCCUCCUAUACUCUCUCCCCCUCUUGUUGUUGGAGGUCACCAUAAUAUUAUUAACAUCAAAUGCAAUUCACCACGUCCUUAAACACCUUGGCCAAUCUCGAGUUGUCUCGCAAAUGGUGACGGGCAUACUACUGGGGCGGUCGGUGCUGGGGCAGAUCAAGAAGUUUCGGAGGACCGUGUUCCCGGCGCGCGGCACCUUCCUCCUGGACACCCUCUCCUUCUUCAGCCUCAUACUCUCUCUCUUCACCAUAGGCAUCAAGACCGACCUCAACCUCAUCAAGAAGCCCGGCAAGCGUGCGCUCAUCAUCGGCAUCGUUGGCUCCGUUCUCCCCUUCGUCCUCUCGUCCUCGGCCAUCAUGGCGAUGCGGCCCCUCUUCCCUUCGGACCUCCGUAGCACGGUCCUCUUGGUUUUCGCUUCCCGCCUCUCCCUCUCGUCCUUCCCUGUCAUUGCCGACGCCCUCGGCGAGCUCCACCUCCUCAACUCCGAGCUCGGCCGCAUAGUCGUGUCAGCCGCACUCGUCACCGACGUCUUCAGCUGGGUUCUUUUUGUCGCUUUCACCACGUACGGGCUGGUCACGGAGGCCCGGAGCCCGGCGUGGGCGGCUGCCAGCGUGGCGGCGUUUGCACUGCUGGUGCUCUUCAUCGUGUUCGUGGCACGGCCAGCGACCAAGUGGGUGGCGAAACGGACGCCGCCAGGGGAGCUGCUCGACGAGGGGCCCUUCGUGUGGCUGCUAUUGACCGCGCUGGCGUUGGGGCUGCUGACCGAGAUUAUGGGGUACCGGUCGUUGCUGGGGGCGGUAAUGCUGGGGCUAGUGCUGCCGGGGGGGAUGCCGGUGGGGGUGACGAUGAUGGAGAGGGUCGACUCCUCCUUCUUGGCGUUGUUCUUGCCUUCGUACCUGGCGUUGGCCGGGUUCAGGACGGACUUGUCCAUGCUCCAUAGCUUGGACGAGUGGGGGGCGCUGGAGCUGGUGGUGAUCCUGUGCUACGUGGGGAAGCUGGUGGGCUCCGUAGCCGCCUCCCUCUACUUGAAGAUGCCGCUCCGGGAUGCCAUCACUGUGGGGCUUAUGGCCAACAUUAAAGGGAUCAUCGAAAUCUCCUUCAUCAAUGAUUGGGGUGACAGGGAGGUAGUCACGGUGGAGCACUACUCGAUCAUGACGCUGUCGAUGAUGUGCAUCACGGCGGUGACCGUGCCGCUGAUCAAGCUUCUGUACAACCCGUCGGUGCGGUACGUCUCCCGGAAGCGGCGCACCAUCCAGCACACGAAUCCCAACUGCGAGCUCCGCCUGCUGGCCUGCAUCCACAACGAGGACCAAGUCGCCGGCGUCCUCGACCUCCUUGAGUCCUCUCACGCCACCCGCGACUCCCCCAUCUCCCUCACCGUCCUCCACCUCUCCGAGCUCGUCGGCCACACCGCCUCCAUCCUCCGCCCCCACAAGCGUACCCACCGAUCGUCCGCCAACCCCUCGCCCUCCGACCACAUCGUCAACGCCUUCCGCUACUUCGAGCAGCAGCAAUCCUCCCCCGGCGCCGUCUCCGUCCACCCCUUUGUCGCCAUCUCCCCCUACUCCACCAUGUACAACGACGUCUGCUCCCUCGCCCUCGACCGCAAGGUCCACGUCAUCCUCCUCCCUUUCCACAAGCAGUCGGAUUUCGUGAGCGAGACCGCCAGCCAUGCUUUCCGCUCCCUCAACCGCUCCGUCCUCGACUUCGCCCCCUGCUCCGUCGCCAUCCUCGUCAACCAGAGCCUCCCGGGCGGCACCACCUGCGCCCGCACCAACUGCCUCCUCCAGCGUGUCGCCGUCUACUUCCUCGGCGGCCCCGAUGACCGCGAAGCUCUCGCCUACGCCUCCCGCAUCGCUGCCAACAACGACAUCUACCUCGACAUCAUCCGCAUCGUCUUGCGUGGCAACAGCACUAAUGCGGAGCCUGACGAGGAAGCGCUGCAAGAUGAGCACCUGAUGGAGGAGUUCCGCGACCGCCACGGCCGCAACGAGCGGAUCGUGUACAUGGAGAAGGCGGUGGAGGAUGGUGAGGGGACGGCGGCGGUGGUAGGGGAGCUGAGCAACAAGUACGACUUGUUGCUAGUGGGGAGGAGGAAGGGACUGGAGUCGUCGCCGUUGACCAGCGGGUUGUCGGAAUGGAGCGAGUUCCCGGAGCUGGGAAUCAUUGGGGACAUGCUUGCAGUGGCACACUUCGAGCGGAUGGUGUCAAUAAUGGUGGUGCAGCAGCAGCAGCUGGACAGAGUGGCAGGGGAGGAAGGAGGAGAUGGUGGUGGUGGUGUUGCUGGUGCAAGGGUGGAAGAACGGGCAAGAAUGGUGGCUAACAUCGUCAAUCCCAACAAUAAGCAGCAGGAGGAGGUGAAGGAUGUUUUGAUUCACAGACAGACUUAAAAAACUAAAUUAGACUAUAGAGGUUUUCCAUUUGGGAGUUUUGUUUUGGAGAAUUCGAAUUAUCGUAGCAGUCUCCCGGCCGCACUAUUUCUGGACUUUGGAGGGAUUGACGUGGUAUAGAAAGAAAGGAAUUGGGUUCGAGCAGCCAAGUUUCUCAUGGCUCCACCAGACCAAGUUCAGUCCAUGGUUUCUAAGUAUCGUACCUUAAACACAACUCUUAAAGCUUGUCACUCAUUGUACUGGGCCGGCCGUGAGUUUAUUUAAGAUUUUUUUGUACAGUUAUGGUUUCGAUCGGACCGAGUUCGAGUUUAUCGGGUUCCAAGUACUGUACGUUCAGCAGGUCUCUUAAAAAUUAUGAUGCAUUUUCUCAUACGCGAAUCUUGAGGACGUGGAUCUUUCUGUUCUGCUCAUAUAAUGCUUCCAUGUAUGCGUUUAAAUAUUUCUAUGCACUCUCUUUGGUGAGAA